AUGUCUGCUAUCCAUAAUUUGUCUAUUCAGGGUAUUAGGUCUUUUGAUGCUCGUGAUAAGGAAGUUAUUAAGUUUGGUAAACCAUUAACUCUGAUUGUUGGCGCCAACGGAUGUGGUAAAACAACGAUCAUUGAAUGCUUAAAAUAUGCUACCACUGGCGACUUGCCUCCAAAUUCUAAGAAUGGUGCAUUUAUACAUGAUCCCAAGAUCAACGGAGAGGUGGACGUACGCGCGCAGGUGAAGUUAGCGUUUACUAAUGCGAAUGGGACGCAGAUGAUAGUCACUAGGAACAUUCAAUUGCUGAAAAAGCGGACUACAACCACGUUCAAGACGUUGGAGGGUCAGCUAGUUGCCAUUACGAAUGGUAGUCGCACGACGCUGAGCACGAGAGCUGUCGAUCUAGACCAGCAGGUUCCAUUGUAUUUAGGGGUACCACGAGCGAUAUUGGACUAUGUUAUAUUCUGUCACCAGGAGGACUCAUUAUGGCCAUUAAGUGAGCCAGCAAAUCUCAAGAAACGAUUUGAUGAGAUUUUUCAGGCAAUGAAGUUUACAAAAGCGCUAGAUAACCUUAAGUCGAUCAAGAAGGAUAUUGGUGUCGAUAUCAAGUUGCUAAAACAGUCUGUGGAGCAUUUCAAGGUGGAUAGAGAUAGAGCUAGAGGCAUUAGACAUACUAUUGCAGAAUAUGAGCAAAAAAUUCAAGAAUACGAGCAGACUGUGCCUAGUAUAGAGAGGCAGCUUGCAGAUAUAACAGAACAAUCUGACAGACUAUUUAAAUCGAAUCAGCAGUUCCAAGAGGUACUUUCGAACCUGGAAAACUUGAGGAGGACGAAAGAAUUGCUGAGUAGUCAAAUAGAAAGAAUAAAGGAUUCAAUUGAGCCGCUAGAUAUGGGAAAAGAUAAGCUUAAUCAAGUUCUUGAGAAUUUCUCGUCAACAGUAGAGGAGAAAGAAUAUUCUGUAAGGGUGCUACAGGAAGAAGCAGAUGAAAUUAAGGAACAACUGGAACAUUUAAAGGAACAGUACGGUCCAGCGAUGUCGGAGUCAGCUGUAUUGCUUUCUAAAAAAGAAAAAUAUAUCAGUAAUAAGGCGAAAAGAGACACUCUUCUCUCUAAGAGUGAUAAUGGCGGCAGAGAUGAUAGAGGAACCGUAACAAUAGAUCUCGAAAAAUCAGUUAAGGAAGCUGAGAAAAGGCUUACGCAACUUAGAAAUGAACAUUCUGCGGAACAGAAUAGGCUAACUGAUAGCCUUGCUGCUAAACAGAGUAAACAAGCAAGGGAAGAGCAAAAGCUUUCAUAUACAAAAGACGAUGCUUCCAAAUUACGUGACCGAUACGAGCUACUAGCUGUAAAGUUGCAUCGUAUUGGGGAGACUGAUGGAGACCUUCGAACUGCUACAAGCGAUUUGGAGAAGUAUAAGCAACGCGUUGAGGAAUGGCAGACAGUUCAUAAAGUUGAGGAGAUUUCUAAGGCUAUAAAGACUAAAAACGAAGAAAUGCUGAUUUUGGAAAACGAUCUGGAAAGUAUUCAGAGUCAAAUAACUAAGGGAAAUCUAAGAUCCGAUAUGUUAGCCAAGUAUUCUUUACUCAAGAAAAGCAUAGAGGAGAAACACGAAGACUUGGACAAUUGCAUUAGGAUUUUCGAGCAUGAAGAUAGUGUGCAACAGCUAGGGAUCAGUGUAGAUGAUGAUUUUGAACUGAUGUUUAAAAGGAAGUACAUUGAAUUGCAAAAACAACUUGCAUUAUGCAGCAAGGCCAAUAGCGAAGCCCUAGCAUCAUUUAACGAUAGCGAUUUUGAGAUGAAGACUGCUGUCAAUGAAUUACAGCAGUUGCGUAAAAAUAUGACAGACAUUAAGCAGAAAUUGGCGGCUAAUAUGCCCGAGGACUGUAGCAUUGAAGAGUACGAUGAAAUUCUGCGUGAUAGCGAAGAAUCUUAUAAGCUGGCAUUGGAGAACCUUAAGAUGCACAGAACAACCCUAGAAUUCAAUUUAAAGGCGUUGGAAGUUGCUGAAAAGGACAAUUGUUGCUAUUUAUGCCAACGAAAGUUUGAUAAUAACAGGCAGCAAAGUAAAUUAUUGAAAGAGUUGCAUGAUAGAACGAAUUCUGAGUUUGAGCGGACCUUGCAACAGACGUUAGAUGAUGAGAAACAAUACAUGGAUAGUUUAAGAAAGUUAGAAAAAGACAUCCUGAACCUAAAGGACUAUGAGUUACAGGAAAAAUCGUUAAGCUCCCGUGUUGAAACGGCUACUUUGGAUGUUAAAGUUAAAGAGAAAACCCUAAACCAAGCCAAGCAAAAGCAUAGUGAGGCUAAAGAUGUUCAAGAACAUUUAGAGAGAAAAUUAAGACCAAUUUUUAAUGAUAUUUUAAGAUUACAGAAAGAGCUGGUUGGACUGGAAGACUCAGCUGCCCGAAUUAAAGAGGAAUUAUCUGUUUAUGGGGAAUACGAUGGGGAUUUUAAAGCUGUUGAUGAAUUGCAAGCUGAGCAAAAUGAGAUAAAUGAGAAACUAAGGAAAUUGCGUAAGGAAAUUGGCAAUUUGCAGGAGGAAAAGGAAUUGAAGGGACGGGAAUUCAACAAUUUGGUUAAUCUAGUCAGAGAGAAGACCUUUAAAGUUAAUAGUCUAGAGAAGCAGAUGGAAGAAAAGCAUCAUAUUGUGAAGGAGACGGCUGAACUUGAGGAAAGACUAACCAACGUCAAUGAAAUAGUGACUGAAACGGAGGCAAAAAUAGAAGUUAUAACGCGUGAAAUAAGUGCAGCCGAAGUUGAACUUAAUGAAAAGCGUAUACUACACAGCGAAUUACAGGAAACUGCUGAAAAAGACUUGCUUGAACUCAGGUCGGGUUUCAUGGAAUUCAAAUCAAUUGUGGAUGAGAUUAAGCAAUACGAGGAAGUUGACUCUAUUCGUUUGCAGGAGGUCACAGCUGAGAUAGAAAGUAUAAAUGAAAGGUCUGAAAAUUUGAAUGCAAAACUAUCAUCUGUGAACGAAAAGGUCUCACUGCAGUCUCAAACUCUGAAGGACUCCAAAAAUGAGCAGAUGAAUAUCAAGUUGAAUAUAGAGCUUAUCGAUCUAAGAGAACAAUUGUCUAAUAUUUGCAAGGAAAUAAUAACUCUGGAAGACCAGAAUGCGGAGGCUGAAAGGGACAAGUAUCAAGAGGAAUCAAUGAGGUUGCGUGCUCAGUUUGAAAAGUUAAGCUCUCAAAAUGCAGGAAAACUAGGGGAAAUGCGUCAACUGCAGAAUCAGGUUGCAAUGCUCACAAAACAACUGCAAACGGAGUAUAACGAAGUAGAUGAGAAAUAUCAAAAAGAGUGGGCGAAAUUGCAAACUAAAACACUUGUGACUGAUGAUAUUGACACAUAUUCCAAGGUUCUAGACAAUGCCAUUAUGAAAUAUCAUGGGCUAAAGAUGGAAGAUAUUAACCGCAUCAUUGACGAGUUAUGGAAGAGAACAUAUAGUGGUACUGACGUUGAUACGAUAAAAAUUCAGUCUGAUGAGGUUUCUAAUAGUGUGAGGGGAAAGUCAUACAAUUAUCGUGUUGUAAUGUAUAAGCAAGAUGCAGCACUAGACAUGAGAGGUAGGUGUUCUGCAGGGCAGAAAGUUUUGGCGUCGAUUAUCAUCAGGUUAGCAUUGUCUGAAACCUUCGGAACUAAUUGUGGCGUCAUUACUCUUGACGAACCAACAACAAAUUUAGACGAAGAUAACGUCCAAAGCUUGGCAAGGUCUUUGAGUAAUAUCAUAGAGGUCAGAAAACACCAGAAAAACUUUCAAUUAAUCGUUAUUACCCAUGAUGAGAAGUUCCUCAGUCACAUGAAUGCCAUUAAUUUUACUGAUCACUUUUGGAAAGUGAAAAGAGAUGAUAGACAAAAAUCAGAGAUUGAGAUGGUAGAUAUUAGUACAGCCGUGGAAUAA